AUGGUUGACUAUGAAAAAAAAACAAGAGCUGAUAUCGCAAACAAAAUAGAAGACAUUUUAAUUGAAUGCAAUUUAGAUUUAACACUAUGCAGGAAUCAAGGUUAUGAUAAUGCAGCAAAUAUAUAUAGCAAAUACAACGGCGUGAAAAGUAAAAUAAAAGAAAAGUAUCCUCAAGCUUUAUUCUCACCAUGUAGUGCUCACUUUUUAAAUUUAUGUGGAGUAUAUGCAAUGGAAAUCAGCCCAGAAGUAACUGUAGUUGAACAAGUCCCGAAACAGAAAACAAACAUUCGAAAAAAUUAUUUAACAAUGCAAAACGUCAAAUCAAAAACGAAUACAAAUUUUGUAAAAAAUGAAAAUAUUCCAAAUAAAUGUGUAUCAAACAUGGACGAAGCUAUAUUGCGAUGGGACAAACUGAUGUCAAAAGUUAAGGUAUCUAGCAAUAACCAGGAAGUUGUCACCGCUGAGAGUAAAAUUAAUAUUCACAAAAACGUAUUGAAGGCGGAUGUAAAUAAUAGAUACACGAGAGCUGUCAAUUUAUCAAAUACCAAUGACCUUGAGCCAUUAAAGGUCGAAAUGGAAAAAAUGAAUAAUUAUAUGGAACAGUUCAACGACAAAUUGAAAACAGUCAUGGCGGAGUUGUCGAAUGAGAAAAGUAGUAAUUUAGUGUUGAUGAAGUCAGUUACAGCUGCUUUGGAUAAGUAUCAGAAUCUGGAGUUGGAACAGAAAACGCGCGAAGAAAUUUAUUAUAAAGAAAAGCUGGAUUCAUGUACUAAAGAAUUAGAAAGUGUUAUUAUAGAAAAAAACGAUCUUCUGAAACGUUUGCAAGAAUCGGACGUUAAGUUAGAUAAUGCGAAUAAAAAAAUUCUAACUUUAUUAGAAAAAACCGAUAAUAGUGAAUAUGCAGAAAAAAUUAAGGAGAUAGAAGAUGAGCGCUUAGAAUGGAAAUCAUGUCAAAUACAUCUAGAAAAUCUGAUUGCUGAAAAUCAUAAAGCACUUAACCGCAAAGAACAGUACAUCAAGAACCAAGAUUAUGUGAUCGAAAAUUUGACGCAAGAAAAACUAAGUUUGGAAACACGGUUGAAUAAACCCGUGUUAGAAUUACAAUCGAAUCGAUCGGAAGAAAUAGAAAAAUAUCAAAAAGAAAUAAAACAGCUCUCUGCGAUCAUAGCUGACACAGAGAGAAAGUUGGAGACAAAUAAGGAGUCAUAUAAUAUAGAGAUGUCAGAAAUGAGGGAUCGACUUAAAAACUUGGAGAAAUUAAUAGUUACAAAAACCGAUUUAAUUAAUCAGCAAAACUUGACAUUAGACUUACUGAGGGAAAUAACUCCAACAACGAACGAUAAUUUGAUGGUGACACACAGAUGGCAAUGA